CGCAGCGUGCGGGGCGGGGCCUUGCGAGCGGGGUCCGUGGCGGGAGAUUCCCAGGCUGUCAACGCGUGCCCUCUCCCACACAGGUCCCCAGAGAAAACAGCCUCUGUCCCCUAUCCUGCAGGUUUGCCGUCUUGGGAUCCCAUGGCUGUCCUUCCUGGGCUCUGGGGCUCCUUUGCCCAUGUCAGCAGAACGGUCAGCCAGCGCGGCUUCAGCACCUCUGGGAGCCUCAGUGCAAUCCAGAAGAUGACUCGGGUCCGUGUGGUGGACAAUAGCGCCCUGGGCAACACCCCGUACCAUCGGCCUCCCCGAUGCAUCCACGUCUACAACAAGAGUGGGGUGGGCAAGGUGGGCGACCAGAUCCUGCUGGCUAUCAGGGGGCAGAAGAAGAGAGCGCUCAUCGUGGGACACCGCAUGCCUGGCCCCCGGAUGACCCCAAGGUUCGACUCCAACAACGUGGUCCUCAUCGAGGACAAUGGCAACCCUGUGGGGACUCGAAUUAAGAUACCUAUCCCGACCAGCCUUCGCAGGAGGGAAGGGGAGUAUUCCAAGGUGCUGGCCAUCGCUCAGAACUUUGUGUGAGCAGAGCGGUCAUUCCCUCCAUGGGACAGAAUAAAUGUUUCAGUGUGUGCUUUCUUCCUA